AUGGAGGAGCGGGAACCACCUCCCGGCGGUGGAAACCAUAACCCCUUGACCGAAAAACCAACCAUUUCACCUACAGAGAAUGCAAACCCUAACCAUUUACCCAAAACAUCACAGCCUGUCUUUGGUUCUGCAACAUUUGUCGUCCAGAUUCCCAAAGAUCAAAUUUAUCGCGUCCCACCACCUGAACAUGCUGUGCUGGCCCAACGCCGAAAUCUGCCUAUCCAAAAGAGGCGGCGUUGUAACUGUUUGUGUUUAGCCAUCAUUGCAGUUGUCAUUGUCCUAGUUGUCCUGAUAGGAGGCAUAACAGCUUUUUUUCUUAAGCAUGCCAAUCCUUCAUUUAGCAUUGAAAAUUUCCUUGUCAGGAAUCCACCGGAUCAUCAUCGUUGGCAACAUCUGGAGUAUAACAUCUUGUUGAAAGCAGAGAACCCGAAUCAGCACACAAGCAUUUUCUAUGAGCAGGAUGGUGAUGCAUCCCUCUCCUUUAAGCAAAAAGAAAUUGCAGCAGGAAAAUAUCCACCUUUCAAUCAAAGCCCAAAGAAUUCUAAUACAUUUAAGAUAGUUCUACAUGGUUCGAACACUGCAUUGCCUAAAGAGAUUGACAAGGGCUUGAAUAGCACAAAUUCAAAAGCACGCAUCUCUUUAUCUCUAUGGAUGAAUGCCUCGGUGAAACUGGAAACUGGGGCAUUGAAAACUGGAAGUAAGAAAAUUUAUGUUGAUUGCAGUUUGACAGUAGAUGCUCUGUCAAAAAGUGCUCGUGUACUUUCUCAGGAAUGUCAUACCAUGGGCCAACUCUGA